AUGCGCUCUUCCGCCGCCUUCUUCCGUGACGAGGACACACUGCGAGAGAUGCGGCAGGAGCUUCGCCAGGAGAAGAAGACGCUCACGCACCAGCUGCAGACGCUGACGAUGCAACUCGCCGAGAAGGAGCAGGUGUCUGCAGCGAUCAAGAGCGAGCUGCAGCAGCUGAAGACGAGUGCGGCGCUGGCCAGCGUCAUACGCCAAGUGCCGCGUUCAGCGAUGCUCAGUGCGAGCUCCAGCGGUCUUCCGAAGCCCAAGACGGCGGCGCAGUGGGGCGAGCGCGUGCUCGACCAAAAGCUGGAGAACCAGUGUCUAGCUGAGGAUCUGCUCGUGUUGAAGAUGGCAGUGCAGGACAAGCAGCUCUCGCUCCAGCGCAAGCAGAAACGACGAGACGAGAUGAGUGCGAAGCUGACUCGCGUGCCUCGCCGCCAUCUCCUCACGCUCGUGGACGUUCAGGUGGAGAUUGCGCGGCUUCUAGAGGAGAAGCGUGCGCUGGAGUCUCAGUCUCCACGCUCUUCUUUGCGUGUUGAGAAGGAGCUAGUGACGACCAGCAGGACUGGUGCUAAUGCAGCUUCAGCUACGAAGACGGUGCUUCAGAGCGAGUUGACCAGUCUAGAGAUCACUGCUGAGCGCUACAAGGAGGAACUCCGUCAGUGGGGGCUUAGAAUCGACUGCGAGAAGGCGCGACUGGCGCCGCUGGAGAAACGACUGGUCGCUUUGCAGCAGGAGUUGAAGAGGUAUGAAGAUUCGCAGGUGUUGCUGCGCAGCGUCUUCUUGCGGUUGGGUCCUGAUUCGAGGGAUGGCUGUGUGGCGCUGGAUGCGGCUUUGACUGCGUUCCAGACGCUCGCUCCGCUGGACCAACCGCCUGUCGCUUAUGAGGAUAUGGCUGCGCGGUUGCAGGACAGCAAGAUUCUUUCGGCAGACGGCAUGAACGAGCAGCGAGUUUCAUUUACACAAUUCACGCAAGCGUUUGAAUGCUUGUUCAAGUCGUGA